AUGAGGAUCUGGGCCAAGGUCGGCCCGCCUAGUAUCAGUUUUUGGCACCUUGGUUUGGUUAUUCCCUCGAUUGACGUCAAUGUGGACAUUCUCAAGAUUGCCAACAAGGACGGUAAAAGUCCACGAAGAGAGGGAGCAGGGCCGGCGAAUUCUGGCAAGAGUUCCUGGUGGAAGGAGCUCCUUUACAAGAGCUGUUUCAUCAACAUUGGCAUUGUUAAGGUGAAGUUCACACUGCCAGGUCAUCAUUUGGGCGUAGACCUCAGCCGAGUGCGGUAUUGGGUUGUUAUAGAGAAGCUAUAUCUCGCCAAGGCCGGCCCCGUGUCUCAACUGAAAUGGAGGUUGAUUCAACUGGACGGUCAGUCUAGUAUAGAGCCCAACCGAUGGGAGGUCCUACGGCUCCCCGAUUGCUCAGUGAAUCUCAACUAUAGUGGGCCAACGCCGGAGGUUCAGAUUGUCGCCGAGGCCCUCCGCGUGGAAAUACCAGUUCUGCUGUACCGGGAAACCCUAUUGGUUUUCGGUCAUCUCAUGUUGAAGCCCGAUCCCGAAGUCUCUGGUGACGAUCCCGAGAAGGAUGUUAUUGACCCUAGCAUGCCAGCGGUGAACUGUGGCUUCGCUUUGGGCUCCUUGGUCGUGAGCGUGUCGGACCUCGCCGUUGGUCGCUGUGAACUGCUGGGUGAGAGACUCACAGGUGUGCUACAUUCAGAGGGUAGUUGGCCCGAUUAUGAUAUCAAAAUACCCUCCUUGAGGUUGGACGAUAUCGACUUGGAAG